GGCGGGGUUUCGUCCACCGUUGUAGUCUGGACUGGAAGAAUUUCCUCACAGGUUCAGUCUGAGCCCGGGACUAUAGACGGGCGGAGCGGGGAAGGAGCUGCGGCGCCGGUGUUAUCUGUAUUGUUCACUGCCUGUGACAGGUACGGGCGCUGGACCAGGAUGGGCACAGAUUUCUGACUGACUACAAGGUUUUGGUCGGUACAAUAGAUGGCUACAGCCAAGAAAGGUGCUAAGCCGAAGGUGUCUGGGGUGCGUUUCGCGGCGGGCUUCUCCGAGGAGGGGGCUCACAAUCAUGUGCACUUUGAGGAGAAGCUGCACGACUCUGUGGUGAUGGUCUCUCGGGAAGAUGACGGCAACUACUUGGUUAAGGUCGGCUUCCUGAAAAUCUUACACAAAUAUGAGAUCUUGUUCACAUUGCCUGCGCUGCAGCGACUGGGGAGGAAUAUUAUUGCCGUUCCCCUACCUAACCUGAACCUCAAAGUGACUAAGAUCACAGCACUGCCUGAAGGACACGCCAUUAAAUGUGAAUACACGGCUCAUAAAGAAGGCGUCUUAAAGGAAGAGAUGAUUCUGGCGAGUGAGACCAAUCAUAAGACCAUUGUCAAGGUGGUGGUGCAGGCGCGAGUCCUUGACCGCCAUCAUGGCACCCCGAUGCUGCUGGAGGGUGUGAGGUGUAUCGGGGCCGAGCCGGAGUACGACUCUGAGCAGAGCGAUUGGCACGGCUUUGACUGAUGUUGCUGGCGGAUCGUUGAGUCGCCCUAUUUGUGCCGCGCUGCUUUUUUCAAACUUAUAGCCAUGAAGAUUGUAGGGAAUACAUGGGAUCCACUUAGUUCAAAGGGCGUUCUACUUUGCCUUUCAGUGCGGAGGAGGGACGGGCACGCUCUGAUCAGCUUGUCAAUGUCUAGGAGGGUAUAUGCAAGAUGGAGGCCCUGAUCCCUGUGGCUUUGUGUUUCUUUGCCUUUUGUGAGCCUUUCCCUUCCUGGGGUUACGUCUGUACACCUAGCUUAUACACCAAGCUCCCACAGUCUGCUACCAGAAAGCAGAAGCUGAAACCCUCUGUCCAUCUAUAGCUUACGGUACUCCCUCAGGUACGACGACACAGGUCCGAUGUGGGGGCUGAGCCCAUGAUGUUGUGAUUCCGAAUGUCUGAAAAAAGUGAAAUUGUUCCAGAAUAAAAUUAUUUAUUUUUACGGGAGUCUCCAAACCA